GACAUCAGAUGGGAUGGAUAAUCGAAGCAAUGGAAGACAUUUCUACUGUGGUGCUGGUGCUGCGUUGCUUAACGUCACCGUGACGUUCCCCGUGAACAAGCUGAUGUUCAGACAACAACUCUACGGCAUCAGCUUUAGAGACGCCGUAAAGCAAUUACGGAACGACGGAGUUAAACAUCUGUUUAGGGGUGUCGGACCCCCCUUGGUUCAGAGAACGUCGUCACUGUCACUCAUGUUUGGUCUCUACAGAAAGUAUCAGAGCCAGUUGACGAGGAGAUUUCCCGAGAUGAAUCGUGUGCUGUGUAGCUCGUUGGCCGCAAUCGGUGCUGGCACGACCGAGGCCGUUCUCUUGCCGUUGGAGCGAAUCCAGACUCUCUUGCAGAUCACGAAGUAUCACAAUCAGUUUCAGAAUAUGUACCACGCCCUUGUCGAUCUCAGUUCGUAUGGUUUGAAGGAAUACUACCGAGGGUUUACUGCCGUUGUUCUUCGUAAUGGCCCGAGCAACGUGUUAUUUUUCGGAUUAAGGAAACCAUUGAAGGACAUUAUGCCGAGUUCUCAUAGUAACGUCGGUGAUAUUGUCAAUGACUUUUUUAGUGGAGCAUUGUUGGGCGCCAUGCUCAGUACUCUGUUUUUCCCUUUGAAUGUAGUCAAAAGUAAUAUGCAGAAAUCACUGGGAAUACAGUUUUAUAGUGUUUGGACGACGUUGUGGUGGUUGUAUGAAAAACGAGGACGACGUUGGAGGAAUAUGUAUGUUGGUGUGCACAUUAACUAUACUCGCUCGUUUCUGUCGUGGGGCAUCAUUAAUGCAUCGUACGAGAUAUUGAUGAAAUUGACAGAAAAAUGUUAUGGAUAGGAGACGAGAUGGUGUGUUAUGAUUUCUGCUUUUGCUGUUGAUUAUUUAUGUUUGUAUGUGGAUUUUAUUAAUGGGUUGCUUUACAGAGAUUGAGAGACAACGGUUUGGGUCUCUUAGUACACUGUACUCUUGAAUAUGUGUUGUUAUAUUUUAGGACACUGUGAUAUUUAAAAUGUUUAAUUACUUAUGAAAUACAUAACACAAACCUGG